AUGAGAUCACAAGAUCCAAAUAAACCAUUAAAAGUAUUUAUUUCUAUUUGUUUCAGAGUAUCUUUUCUUUGCUGGCCCGGCAUAGCUGGUAUAAUAAUUGGUUCAACCGAGAUAUUUGAAAAUUAUUAUCAAUAUGGUGUAAUGGAAUCAAGUGCAGCACCAUAUUAUUUUGACGUUAUAUUUGGUAGUUUUGUCUUUGGAGGUACACUUUUAAGUUUAGUUCUUCUUCCAACUUGUGGAAAUAUAAUUGUUCCAGCAGCUAUAAUAUUUGUGGAUAUAUCAUUAUUUGCAGGGUGUAUUUCUUGGAUUCCGUUUACUAUAGGCAGAGGAUUUGAAGUUCCUAUGGGACUUAGGUUAUCCAUAUCUAGUACUCUAAUUUCAUUUUUUAUCCUUGUCUUAGAUUUAGUGGGUAUUGUGAUUCCCAUUUAUAAAGAGUAUGGAAUUAAGGGAUUAUUUAAUAGAAAAAAGUUCUAUUAUGGCGGUAUGUUUGUGCAACCCUGUGUUCGAGAAACUGCUAUAAAGCGUAUUCUGGAAGGAUGGAAAGAAUAUUCAAAUAACAGAGUUUCUAUUGCCAAAGAGAAUAUUGAAAUUACUGAUGAUAUCCAUCUGGGAAACCAGGUGCUCGAGAAUCAUGGUGUAUAA